CAGCCUCCUCCGGGCCUCUGCUCGAAGACGCCGGCUCUCUGCCACUAAGCCGGCCGGCGGAAGACCUCUGGAGGGAGAUGGCCCUCAGUGCCGGUCUUGAGUUGCCCCGCCGUUCGUCGUCUGAGGCGACCAGUGCUGCCCUGGCCGCCGCUCUUCAGUCGGGGCUUCUAGUCCUUCAGGCUGAAGCUGCCAGGGAGGCCGAUCUGAAGGAGGCCAAGGCUAAAGCUGAUGCGGCCGUUGCUGCGGCACGGGAGGCCGCCCGUCGAGCUGAUGCGGAGGCCGCAGCCAAGGGGAGGGAGAUUGCCGCCCUGCAGGCUGAGUCUCAUAGCCAGUUGGCCGCCCUUGAAAGAGCCGGUUUUAAGCUUGUCCCGGUGCUCCCUGCCGCCAAGGAUGCCACUCCGGAGUGGUUGGUUGACACCUCCGGCUAUCGGAACACUGGGGAGUUUAUGGACUCCGCCAAGGACUACUGCGCCGGGGUCUUCGCCGAUUUGUUCGCCGCAGCUCUGGAGAAGAUUCCGCCCCGCCAGCGCCUGGCCCGCGGCGUCCGGAUCCUUGAGGGCUCUCCCCUGUCUCGCAAGUUCCUAUAUGAGGUCGGCGACAGCACCUUCGCCGCCGGCUACAAUGAAGGGGUAAAGGCCACCCUACCCACGUUCGCCAAG